AUGGGAUGGGCAAGCCCAGCCCAAGCCAGUAGCUCAUCUCGAGCUGCAGCCAACGCGGCCAGCUCUGAGUCGCAGAGGCUCCGAGGCUUGCUGCAAACUGUCAGCGCCAAAGCGUCAGCGGUACCAACAAACACGGAGGCUGAGCGCCUCCAGUCGCUUCUCCGAGCGACAGCAGAUGACAGAGCUUCAGGUGAGCCCGCCAGAAGCGAGGACAGUUUCGAGCUCGUGGAGCAAAACUCAUGCACCUCACUCUCGGGAUCUUCCGAAUCCUGGAAAGAUUUGGGUGAGCAAAACGCUUGCAAUGCUGCUGGAACCAGCUCCUCUAGUUCCGGAAGAGAGCUAGCGGAGGACAACAGGCCGAAGGCCCGCAGAAGCGGACGCACACGACAACGAGUAGCACGUGCCAAGCGCCGCGACGAGGUCCGCAUCAGGACUCCAAGUCCAGACUUCUACCACAGCGCUUUUAAGCAGCUAGUAGGUCGUGAUGCGGAAUGGGUGGGUGUCAGCCAGAGCCGCUGA